AUGAAUCAGUCCCAAAAUUUGAAUCCUCCAAAGGCCUUUCUUGUUGGGGGCAAACAAACACCACCCUUCGUCAUCCCCUCCCAAGUCCAGGAUCACCUUACUGUGUUGCGCUUGUUUUCGGAGCUGCGGCAACGCGUGGAGAACACAUCCGCGGAGGAUCUCGGCCUCGAGUAUUUCCCUCCAGCCGACGAAAAAGAGCGGAGAUGGUCGGUCUUUGUAGGAUAUGCGGUCGAGCGAUUCGAAAGAUGGUGCAAGGCUCUUCGGCCAGAACAUUGUGAGCAAGGCAUUGCCCUGAUAAUGCCUCCACUGGAUGUAUUCAUGGUCUGGCACACCUAUCUGCUCAAUCCUGGCUGGUUUAUUGAAGAUGUGGUUCGAAUUCCAACACUGAAGGGGCUAUGGGAAGCGGGGAAAGCACUGGCUGCUGCAUUGGGCAUGGGCUUAGGUGAACUCUUGCAGACUAUUCCUGCAGAUGAGGAUCAUCACAUUCAUAACUGGGAGAAGAUGACAGCCACUCCAUUUGACCCAUUCAAGUCUCUCUCCACGGUCAUUGACAAGACUAUCAUUUGUCCUAAAUGUGGAAUGGCCAAUCGGGCGCCAUUCCUUCAUGCAGAUGGAACAGGAUUUCACCAAGUGAACUUCACCAUUGUGUGCCAGAAUACAGAUCAUUAUUGUGGCUUCAAAAUCACUCAUGAUGUGCUGGCUAUGAGAAAGUUAUUGGAUGAUUUGUUGGCUCCGGAGACUCGGACAAAUGAACCACUGGCACAGAGCUUUCUAGCAGGUACCUUAUACACUCCUGGUAACACAAAGAAUAUUGCCUAUGCAAGGCGUGUCAAGACUGCAAUCCUUCAAGCUGAAUUCUUCACUCCGCGAACUGAGAUUGAUGUGCCUACAACAAGAACCAUUAUGCAAAAGGCAAAAUACUCCUUUGCAAUCAUCAAGAGUGCUAUCUACACACAACUCAAGACAGAUGAGCGUUUGUGA